AUGCAGCCAACCGCUGUGGUCGGCGCAUACGAGACAGAGACAGGCUCUUCUGAUCUGCUUUCCUCCUUAUCCGCAAACCCAACAGCAGCAGCAGCAACGACAACAACAACAACAACAACAACCACUUGGCAGCGAUCAAUAGACUUGAACAGCGAUAACGUCCAAGAGCAGUACCUCGUAGUGCUAUCUGGACUGAUAGGAAGUGGCAAGUCCACUUUCGCACGCGCUCUAUGCCAACACUAUCCGGACUGGCGUCGGUGCAACCAAGAUGAAUUAGGAGAUCGACACGCCGUGGUCUAUGCUGCGCGCACAGCGCUUCUCGCUGGACACAAUGUGGUGAUCGACAGGACCAACAUCGACGCUAAACAGAGAAGAACGUGGCUCGAGCUCGCACAGGAACUUUGCGCUCCACCAUCGUCAGACGAAGCGCCCGAAGCAAGCAGCACAUUGCCAAGAAAGAUCAUCACAAUCUCAUUGACCUUGACCAUCUCGACCGUCGUUGCGCAAGAGCGCCUGCAAGUCAGGGUGGACCAUGAAACCAUCAAGACGGCACAAGAAGCGUUGAGAAUCUUGCCACAUUUCUUGCGGACGUAUCAGAAGGCGACUGUUGAGGAAGGCUUUCACUAUGCUCUAUCCUACCCGGCGGCAAAGAUGUCGAGCGACCCAAGUGCGGACGAGGUCAAGGAGAUUCUGUUUGAUCGGUUGGAGAGCGAAACAAGAGCUGACGGAGUGCUGCCGGAUAGAUUGCCGUUGAGAGUGGGUGGUGCAGGGAGAGCAAGAGGUGGAGCAGGAGGAAAAGGUAGGGGAGCGAGAGGCGCCUCCGCUGUUUAUGCUCCUCAGCAUCAGCAUCAGCAUCAGUAUCAAGCUUUGUUGCCGAGGCAAUCACCAAACGCGAUGCAGGACCACGUGGCAGCGCCUCGCAUAGACACGAUCACGGAUGCGCAGAUGCAGCGGCCAUCUUCUGAUGCAGCCGCUUUGCAGCCCGAGCCUUACCUCCAGCCGCCACAAUAUUAG